ACAAAGCCAAAGUGCAGUUUCUCUGAUAUAUCUUAUAAAAAGGAAAAUCUAUCUUUGUCCAGUCAGUGCUUCUCUGUCUGCGCUUUAACCAGGAGAAGGGCAAUGGCAGAUUGGAAGAAGAAUUGGAGGCUCCUGAUCCUCUUCAGCCUCCUCAGCCUCACUGAACUAUUCGAGGUGAGAGAUGAAGAGUGGAAGGAGCUCAGCCCGGAUAUCGCUGCACUACACCAGCUCAGAGGACUGUCUGAACACAUGUUUCAUGAAAAUAUCAGGAACCCACCGAACCACAGGUCUCUUGUUAUGGAUUUGUUCCUUGUUCCUCUCCAUAGGGACACAACCGUGCUUGGGACCAGAGAUGUGUUGAAAUCUGUUAGCAGGGAGGACAUUGACCAAAACCCGAUGACUUUGCUGGCUGAUCUUCAGGAGAAUGACAAUUUCACAUCUUUUGUCAUUCAGAAGGAACAGGAUUUUGAAGGCUUCUUGGCAGCAAUUGAUAAACAGAAGACACAAAAUUUGCUGCUGAGUGCUUCGGAGAUCUCGCACAGCUACAGCCAAAAACUUCUGGUCAUGACCGACAAAGAAAAGUCAUCAAAUGACAGAGUCCAACAGGAAUACAGCAUGGAUCCUCAUUACUCAGUUAUAGUCAGCAAUGAAUGCCUGUUAAAUGUCUCGUGUGUACCAGAAGCAGACAGCUACACCCUGGUGAGAAUAUUUGGGAGUGUUUCAGAAGAUGGCCAAACUGUGUCUGGCCUUUCUGGCUCUUCACUCGCAGAGCUGAUGUUGAAACCAUCACUGGAAACUGCGCCUGUGUUCUCUCUCGAUGGAAACACAACCAAAGACUUCCAACAUAACUUAAUUCGAGUUUUUACGGCCCGUGGCAUCAGAGCAGUCCUAGAAACAACCCAGGAGAAUCACCAGACUUACCAGGUCAUGAACCAACUUAGAGAAGUUUCUGGAUACCAAAUUCCACAAAGACCAGUUGAUCACAGCACCCAGUACGACCACCAGCAGAUCCUCAUCCUGGAAGAUGACCCUGUUGUCAGAAAAGCUGCUACGUAUCUGUUUGAGAAGCAUCCAACGGUUUCCUCUGUCUACGUUCUUGAUAACAACCAAAGACCAGUACUGAUCCGAGGUGACUCCAUGCCUCUGACAGAGGACAGCCGGCUGGUGCUGGUCGGCCACGGCAGGAAAGACAACUCGGGAGAAAUGAGACUGGGAGGAUACGAAGUGCAAGAUGUCUCCAAAAUCAUUCAACAAACCUCCAGGGAUUCCAAUAAAAUUAAAACAAUAAGUGUGGUGGCCUGUGACGUUGGAUCAGAUAAUGCAUUCAUUGAAACGCUGCUGAAGGAUCUCCAUGAGACCGCCGGCAUCAAGACAGAGCUGCACAUCAGAGACGCUGUGCUCCAGGUCAGCCACACAGGAGAGAAAAUCACCCUGGAGAUCACUAAGGAUGGAGAGCAAUGGAGAAAUAAAGAUGACAGCAAGAAAGUGGUCGCAACACUCGACAGGAACGGAGAUGAGGACGAGGCUUUUAGCAGCGUGACGGAGGUUCGCGGGUCAAAGUUCAACGAUGACAUCAGAGGGAACAAAGAACACAACGUUAUUGUCCCAGGAGGAGGAGAUGAUUUCAUCCAGGGUAGAGGAGGAGAGGACUGGUACGUUAUCACGCCGGGCCAAGGAGUAAAAACCAUCAACAAUCAAUCUCCAGAUCUAGCCUUGGAUAUUCUCUUUCUGAAACAUAACAUGUACAUAAAGUGUUCUUGUGAAGGGCAGAGCAUCAUCAUUUUGGUAGACGGUAGAAAAGAUGUUAUUUUACAGAACUGGUUUGAUUCAAAGUUUCAUCAGCAUCUGCAGAUUAAAACCAGUGAUGGAAUAACAGCUGGACUGAUGACCAACCGCAGCAGCUGUGAUGAGGAUGAUUUGAUGUUCCCCAUAACUGUUGAUUAUAGAAAUCAGAAACCUGAACCACUUCUUCUGCCCAUAACACAGGAAACUAAAUACAAGUCUUUCAGAGAUGGAAGAUGCUUAUUCUGCCUUCAAGGCAAAGUGAUAGUGAUGAGUUAUCAGUAUUCAGUAAAAGAAAUGUACGGUUCCUCAGGUUUCGACGUCAUGGUUGGAAACAGCAAUGAUAAUCUGCUUGAUCCAUACACUGGAGGUGCCUUAAUGUUUGGAGGUGAAGGAAAAGACAUUUACGUAAUCAAACAAGGAUAUGGAAACCACUUAAUUAUCGAUAACUUUGCAGAAGAUCAGAGUAUUGAUACUGUGUUGGUUGACAUGGAUUAUCUUCAUGGCAGUCAAGUCUCACUGUACUCAUCAAAAGAAGAUUUGGAAGUGACGAUCACAUCAAAAGGGGAACAAUUCAAAUUCACUCUGCUCAACUACACCACUAGUUCCAAAUAUCAGCACUUAGAAUUUCAGAGUUCUGACGGAGUGAAUUUUAAAUUAAAAUCACUAAACUCAACCAGAAAUGUCCCUUUCUUUCAAAUUGAAGCAUUCAAAGUGACUCUGAAACAGCUGCAGGUUGACUGCCGCUUGGAUCUCAACUCUCAGAGGAAUCUGUCAAAGGUCCACACGGUGCAAGGCUGUCCCUCCCAGUCCAAUGACAUACUAGGUAACGAUCAAGACAACGCUCUGAUUGGUGGGUGGAAGGAUGACGCCUUGGAAGGAGGCGCCGGAGAUGACACGCUGAUCGGAGGGAACGGAGACGACCUCCUGAUUGGUGGCUUGGGAGAUGACACUCUUUAUGGCGAGGACGGAAAUGACACCAUGAUGGGAGACUCUGGCCAGGACGUCUUCCUUCCUGGACCAGGGGCCGAUCUGGUGGAUGGGGGUCCUGGCAGAGACACGGUUGUGUACCGGGGCGAUCCUGACACAGGUAAAGGAGUUUAUGUCAACCUGCUGACGGGACAAGGCCGCUACGCCGAUGCUGAGGGCGACGUGUUGAAGGAUGUGGAGAUAGUCAUCGGCACCGUCUACUCUGAUAUCUUAGUGUCCGGUUACGAAAGUUCUCUUCUCAAAGGCUCGGACGGUAAUGACAUCUUGGUGUCGACCGGUGGUGAUUACCUGGUUGGUGGUGAUGGAAAUGACAUUUACAUGUUGGCUUUCAACAACGGUUCAGUCACGGUUGAUAACUGUGCCAAAGACAACGCUACAGACGUCUUGUACAUGAGCUCACAGUCAACGCCGCCAUUUGACUGCCAACUUUUGUCUGAUAGAGUUCUCCUGACUUUCUUUGGACUUAACCAAACUACAGUUAAAAUUACACUGCAGGGCUGGAUCAGUGAUGAGAACGAAUGUGGUCAUUUGAAGUUGGUUUUUAGAGAUCUGGAGGUGUCGGUGGACCAGCUGCUGCAAGAGUGUCAGUUAAGACAGCUGGAAAAAUGUCCUCUUUGCUGGGUUUUCCUUUGUGCAAACAAGAAAAAACAACAACAAGAGAUAUGGGAACAACUAGAAACAAAUGUUCAUUCAAUUGCUAGCUGGCUGAUAUAG